AUGGGGGUCCGACUCCGGGACAUCCAGCGGUCCCUGAGUGUAGUCUUGAUCAGGGCCGACGGCCUGGACCAGGCAAAGCACAAGUGCCCAAGGUCUAUGACGAAGACUCAUGGCUUUGAAGCCCUGCUGCGUCCAAGCUUGUCAGUGCUCAUGCUUUGGGCCCAGGGCCAUGCGCUGGCGUUUGAGAUCAAGGAUGCAGAUGUCUACAAGAAUACAAAUUCCAAUGUGGAGGGAAUUUCUCGGCUUCUCGACAAAGUCUACAACAACUGCAAUCAAGCACUUCCUGUCCACAUCUGCAUCGUACAGGACAACUGCAGUCGGGACUGCAAAAACGGUCUCCUCCUGUCCUGGUGUGUCAAGCUCCAUUUGCUGCAGGCUGUCACCAAAUGCAGUGCCUGCGAGUUCUCCGAUGCUGACAGUUUGGUGGGGAUCUACGAUGGGUUCCUGCAGCAGUCCACUGUGGAUGGGGGAGCAAGCUUCAGAGGCGAUGAGCAAGCCAACUGGCAGAGCUGGUGGGAGGAGGUCGGUUUGGUCUUCUCCAACCUGACAGGCCCGAAGGCCCCCCAUUCGUGCCCCACCGUCCCAUCCUGA